AUGAGGAAGUUGAGAUGGGUGAAGGACGACGAUGGAUUCUGGGACUUAGACGUCUCCACUCCGGCCACCCUCAACGGCAUAGCCCGACCCGCACCCGGUGACCCCAUCCCAUCCGUCCUCGGAUUGUCCAGAGGAAUCCGUCUUUCAAGACCCAAACAGGUCGACUUCUUCCAGCGAUUCAUGUUCAUGCCCUUUAUCCCUUCCUACUCCAAUGCUAGUCCUCAUGCUCAUGGAAAAGGCUUCUCGCUUCAACGCGUUCUCUCCUUACCUUUCGCCCUUGAUCGCUGGUGUGGAACUGUGCUUGGUCAGUUGAAUGUACAAAAAUUGGCAUCAAGUAUCAAGAGAAAUGGGUUCAGGCAACCUAAUGAUGAAUCUCCAUGGUUUAAAAACAUUGCGAGACACCUCAGCGAUAAGUCGUUGUACGCGAUUGAUUUCUGCUCAGAAUUCUUCCUUACACCUGAUGGUUCUCUUCAAUUCAGCUUAGAAUCUUAUGGCGAUGAUGACUACAAGACCCCUCGAAAGAAAGCAGUUUUUAAUCACAAGUUCCCACAUCAUAAUCUAACUCUAGAAGCAGCUUCUCCUGGACUUUUCGUCGACAAAAAUGGUGGUUUAUGGGAUAUUCCUUUGAACAUGGCAAUCGAUCUUGCAUCUGUAGCUUCUGACAUUGGCCCAACCAGGUUUAUCUGCCACAGCUGCUUUUUCUUUGAAAAACAGUAUCGACAUAUGGAGAAGUGA